UAUCAAUGAAGUAGUAAAAGGGGGGAACGUCUGUGGCAGAGAAGGAAAAGGUUUUUUACAAGAAGCGGUUUGCUUUGGGUGGGUUCCCUUUCUUUUACUUACUGAAUUCCAGAGGUGACCAAUACACAAGUCAAAAUGAAGUUCAUCAUUGGCAUUGGAGGAGUGACCAACGGUGGGAAGACCACUUUGACAAACAGACUACUAAAGACAUUACCCAACUGUUGUGUGGUGCACCAGGAUGACUUCUUCAGGAAACCCGAUCAAAUAGAAGUCGGGGAGGACGGCUUUAGACAGUGGGAUGUGAUCGCCGCCCUGGACAUGGAAGCUAUGGUCGGCACUGUGAAAGGCUGGCAGGAGAACCCGGUCAAGUUUGCCCGCUCCCACGGCGUCAGCCUGUCCCCUGAAGCUGAGGAAUCCAACUCGGAGGAGCGGAUCCAUAUUCUCAUCGUGGAGGGCUUCCUCAUCUACAACUACAAGCCUCUAAUUGACAUCUACGACAAAUGUUUCUACGUUUCCAUUCCUUAUGAGGAGUGCAAAAGAAGGAGAAGUACGAGGACAUACACACUCCCUGACCCCCCUGGCCUGUUCGACGGCCACGUCUGGCCCAUGUACCUGAAACACAGGAAAGACAUGGAGAACAACUGUGACACAAUAGAGUACCUCGACGGGAUGUCAUCAAAGGAAGAUAUCUACAACAAAGCGUAUGAACGUGUUCAGAACUGCCUCCUGAACAACUUAUAGCAGGACGGGGGAAGCAAUGGAGUUGUGUAUAGACUUGUAAAUAUCAUUUUGAGUACAUGUGUAACACCAGUUCUGUACUUCUAGCCUGAUUUGUAAAUAGUUAAUGAUGUAUCUGUAAUUAAGAACAAAUUGCAGAAGCGUUGUGUUUUUUAUGGUCCUGUGUAACUUUUUUUCUAAAGAUAAGCCACCUCUGGACUGUCCCGUGUUUAACAUCAGGGACAGAUCGCAUCUCUGAUCUUCAUGUGAACGUAAAAAAUGUCCACUAGGAAGAAGGAUUUGUGUCUCGCAACUAAAUGAAACGACUUAAUCCAA